UAUAUAUAUGUAUAUGUAUGUGCGUGUGACUCACAGCUUCUUUCUCAUACAGUGCUAACCCUGUUCAAGUUCGAUUUCUGAUUCGGAGCUGUAACUUUGUUUUCCGCCAGUGAAUCUGAGGUUGGUGGUUCUAAAGUUUUCGCCUUUUUUAUGGGUUUUCACUGAUCCAAGAUUUUCAAGGCUGCUUCAACUGCGUUGUUCUGGUUUGGAUUUCACGUGUUGUUUCUUCAAUUGGGUAAAUUUGCUGAACUUGAGCUUCUUUCAUUUUCCUCAUGUACGGAGAAAGUUUUUGGUUUUGAUGGUUCUUGGAAGUGAAGAAAAAGUGAUGCGAGUAGUGAACUAAAAUCUAGGGUUUUGGUAUUUGCUGUAGGAAUUGGGUUCUCAAAUAUGUUUAACUUAAUUGGUUGAAGUGAAAAGUUAGGAUCUGAAGGUGCGAAUUUGGGGAAUUUGCAUGAAUUUUAGGGUUUGGCAGUUCUUGAGGAAUUUGGUGAAUUUGUAUGAGUUUUAGGUUUACAUUUCUUGAAAAAGCUGGGGUUUGGCAUUUCUUGGGAAAUUUGGUGUUUAUGGUAAGCUUUAACUUUCAACAUAAGUUUUGAGUGGAAGUGGGAAAGGGGUUACGUGGGAAAAUCCAGAUUUCUUGUAUGACAGUCUUGGGUUACUGCGGUUGGAGGAGAGAUGUUCUAUUCACAGUUUAUAUUGGCGAAAAAGGGGCCGCUUGGGACUAUAUGGAUUGCAGCACAUUUGGAGCGGAAGCUGCGCAAGAAUCAGGUUGCUGACACUGACAUAGGCGUCUCUGUAGACUCAAUUCUUUUUCCUGAUGUACCGAUUGCACUUCGCUUGUCUAGCCAUCUUCUGCUUGGUGUGGUGAGGAUAUAUUCUAGAAAGGUGAAUUACCUUUUCGAUGAUUGCAGUGAGGCUUUGCUCAAGGUCAAGCAAGCUUUUCGCUCAACUGCAGUUGAUUUACCACCUGAAGAAUCUACUGCACCAUAUCACUCCAUCACCUUGCCAGAGACUUUUGACCUUGAUGAUUUUGAGCUGCCAGAUAAUGACAUAUUUCAGGGGUUCGUGCUGGAUAACAAUUAUGUUGAUCAUCAUGUCAGUUCAAGGGAGCAGAUUACACUCCAAGAUACCAUGGAGGGUGUGGUUUACUCCACAUCCCAGUUCGGUUUGGAUGAGCGGUUUGGAGAUGGUGACACUGCUGGUCUAGACCUUGAUGAGGAAAUAUUUAUGGAUAAUGUUGCAGCUUCAGGGAAUGCUGGAGUUAUGUUGGGUUCAAAUGCUGAUCCUCUGGCGUCUGUUCAAUCAAUGACACCUAUCAUGCAAGAUGAAAACCAUGAUGAUCUUCUCAUGCAAGAUGAAAAUCAUGACGAGAUGAAUCAAAACUCAGAUGGGAUGCUAGCUACUGGUGGCAGCGUAAAUCAGAUUGAAGUUCCUACUCAAAAUACCGAUUUCAUUGAUUAUGCUCAGGCUCCAUGCACUCCUGGAUUAGUGGAAGAGCCAAACUUAUCCAAUGUUCAAGAGGCUUCAGGAUGUGAUGAUCAUCUGGAAUCAGAAGAUCAUAAUUUAAUAGAAUUUUCCAUAAAAGAUAACUUGGAAAAUGCUAACAGUGAAUCAGGUAUUCAUUAUGGGAAUAAAAAUGUGGUGAAGUGGUCUUUGCUUGAUAAUAUGAGUCCUGAAAAUGUUAUUUGCACAGCUGCUGUUGAGAAUGGGUGCCCUUUGGAUGCCCAGGAGUUUAAGCAACUAAAGUCACAGGGAGAAUUGCCAACUGCGGUCACCUUGGAGCACAUAUCAUCAGAGAAUCACCUUUUGGCAUCUUUACCGUCAUCUGUUUUACCUGAUCCAGGUAAAGCUAUUUUUCCGGUAUCAGAAUUUUCAGAUAAGAACAAUGGUGCAAACGGGUUGAAAGAUUUACAGAAUGCAGUUGUCAGCAACAAUGAGCCUGGCGAUCAUUCUGUUGAUGGGUCCCAUGCAGACUGUGUAGAACCCCAAGGAGUUAGGUUGGAUCAAACUGAAGCAUCUCCUAGUGUCUCUCAUGAAACCCCUGUUUUGGAGGACCCUUUUGGCAGGCCAAGUUCUGGUAUUGAAUAUACUCCUGAGAAAUCUAGUUUAACUAGCACUUACCAGUCAUUAUCAGAAGGUAUUUUGGAGAUUAAUCAAGCAUCCCUUGAGCCAGAAGUUUCAAAUAUUGUGGAAGAAUCUGGCACCUUCAGCAAUUUGGUGGCAUCAAAUGCUGAAUUCCCUUGUAGACCUGACCUUGAGAACCCUGAAACUCAGGCUUGUCAGGAGCCAAAAGAUUACAAUAAUUUGAGUCCUACUGCUCAUGUAGAAAUAGUGUCUACAAACUUGCAUGUUCUUCAGCCAUGCAAUUUGCAUCUCAACCACUCCAAUGCAUUAGAUCCCGGGGGCGACAAUUCAGUUAUUCCUGACUUACUAUCCAAAGUUGGGCCAUGCUCGUUAGAGACAUCAGGAAGGGAGGAGGCACCCCACACUUCUGAAGUUUCCAUUGAUAUGCAAGGUGAAGGGUGUCAUGCAACUGAUGUUACAAAGCUUGUAUUGGAGGAAAAUCACACAAUAGGACCUGCUUUUUUUGAAGAUCAAGUAGGCAAUGUGAUUUCAGGAGAUACUCAAUUAGAAAAAUUAGAUGGUUUCGACGGUUCUGAACUGCCUGCCCCUGAAAAGUUUCUUUCUGUACCGGAAAGUCUUGCUGAACAACCAAAUAUUUUGUUAGUGGAGUCUACGCCAGACAAUUCUGCCUUAGCAGGGGGUGAUGGUAUGGAAAUCAUUUCAGGGAAAAAGCGCAGUUUCACAGAAAGUACACUGACUAUGCAGAGUCUAAAUUCAGUCGAAUCUUUGGGAGUGGCUCACUCGAAAAGAACCGAGGAAUAUAUUCCUGAUGACAAUGAUUUGUUGUCUUCCAUUUUAGUUGGGAGAAGAUCUUCAGUUUUAAAAAUGAAGCCCACUCCCCUUCAGCCACCUGAGAUAACAACUACAAAACGUCCUCGGACUGCAAAUCGUGCUAGUGCCUCUAAAAGGAAGGUUCUCAUGGAUGACAAUAUGGUUCUGCAUGGCGAUACAAUACGACAACAGUUGACAAGUACUGAAGACAUACGUCGUGUACGGAAGAAAGCUCCUUGUACCCGUCCUGAAAUUUGGGCAAUUCAGAAACAGUUCCUGGAAGAUGAAAUAUUCAGUGAAUACUUAUUUACAGGUUUGUCGAUGGAACUGGUUUCUUUGCACAACCACAAAUAUGAUCUGAGUGAAAUCAGGGUGUCACAUGAUGAAGAAAAUAGUAGUUCUCCGGCAGCAGCAAAUAAUACGGUGCUCUCCGUGGGGCCAAAUGUCACCAAUGAAAAUGGAAAUGGAGGCAGCACUGAACCUGUGGUAUUCAGAAAUGAUGUGGAAGCCGAACCUUCUGAGACUCCUGUACAGACUGAUAACCAGCAGGGUGAAGAGCAUGCCUUAAGUUCCCUGGAUUAUGAUGCACAAAUGCAGGUGAAGACGAUUGGUGACUUAAGCGAACUUAGGAGUUCACAGCACGAGCUUUUGGAGGAGAUAGUUGAAAUGGAAAUUGAUGGAGAGAGGAUUUCAGUUGCUGAUGCAGUAAAUCCUGCUACCUCAAUUGACCCCGUUUCAGAUGAUAUGACAGCUGGUUCUGAGGUUCAGUCAUGUUCAUUGGCCAAAAUAAGUGCUGAUGCUUCUCUGCAAAUGGAAAUAGCAGGCAUGUCUGCUGAUCAAAAGUUGGAUAUUCAGUGUGUCAAAAUGGAUGCUUCGGUAGCAGAUAUAAACAGUGGGAAAGGUGGUGAUGCUAAUAAAGUUGCCGAAGAAAAUGAUGAUAAUGCUGCUGUAGUUGGAAGUGAAUCUACAGUAAGGGAUGAGGUUUUGUUGGAAGAUACUGAAGGUGGUGUUUCAGUUGAAAUUGGAGCAGGCAUUCAGACAAAUUGUUCACCCGGGAGUUCAAACCCUUGUAUUGCAUUUUCUCCAGAUACUUGCGGAAACCAGGUUGUUGUAAAUGUUGACUCCGCCUUGGAGGAAAUCUGGAAAGACGAGCAUGGGGUUGUAAAUGAAGAUGAAGUUCUGGCUGCAGAAUUUGACCAUGAUGACAAGAACCUGACUUUUAAUGGCAUCUGUAAUGAAGAACGUAAAAUGGAUUCAUCAUCUCCAGCAGAAUUCAACGCAGAUGUGAAAGAUGCUUCCUUAAAUGAUGGCGAAUAUCCAGGCUGUCAGGAAGGUGAUCCAAAUGUAGAGAUUGCUGCCAUUGACCACACUGCCAUUGGAGAUCGCAGUGAUUUCGAUUAUUCAAGUUAUGGACAUGAUACAGGAUUUCUAAAUGUGGAUGAUGAUGAGGUUAAUGAAGAAGAAGAUGAUUUUAUUCCUAGUGCCGAAGAAACCCACUUUAUUGAAAAUAGUGGGUGGUCUUCCCGUACCAGAGCUGUCGCCAAGUACCUCCAAACCUUGUUUGACAAGGAAGCAGAACAUAGGAUGAAGGCACUUCCCAUGGACACCCUGUUAGCUGGUAAAACUCGUAAGGAGGCAUCAAGGAUGUUUUUUGAAGCAUUGGUUCUCAAAACGAAAGAUUAUAUCCAUGUAGAACAGGAGAAUCCAUUUGACAACAUUGUUAUAAAGCCUCACGGAAAGCUCAUCAAAUCAGACUUCUGAUCACGCGUAGGAAGGUAUAAUAAUAGUUGCAAAGAACCACAUGUACUUCUAGGUAGCAGAGACUCGUUCGGCUUGGGGAUUAUUUAUCCUUUGAUCCAUUCUUUUGUAAGUUAUGCUUUUUAUAGUUCAUGUAGUUGGUAGUGUUGAUAGUUUAGCAGUGGCGCUAUGUGGCCCGUGUACCGCUAAUGAUUGUUGAAGCAGUGCUGUAAUAUGGAAUCAUUUACAUAUGUGUAUAUAUAAUCUGUAAAAUUAAUUUGUUUCA